AAACAGGAGCGAUCUCGUUUUGACAUAUUUAUACUUCCCUGGUUGGUCUUGAAGUGGAAGUGGGGGUAGCAACCCAAGUUGGCUUCCUGGUUUUUCUGGUGCAAUUUCAACAGAGGUUGUGGCUUGGCUGUCUACGCUUCUUAGAUGUUUCAGAGUUCUCCCAUCAUGUAAGGCGGUGCAAUGGGCGUGCGCGCGCGAGCGGAGCGGGGCUGACCCGUGGACGCGGCCCACCUGCUGCGGGAGCCCGCGCUGCGGCGCCCGGGCUGCGAGGGGGUCUACGGGCGGAGGCGGGGGAGCCGCGGGCCACCGAAGCCGGAGCGGCUCGUGGGCUGGAGCUGCACCAGCAGGCGGCCUCCGCCGCGCCCCGCCGCGCGCUACCAAAGAUGGUCAGAGGGUCGGGAGGCGCCCCCGCCCCCGCCCCCGCCGGCCGCUAGUCCGGGUCCGCGUUCCGCGCAGCCAGCAAGCCAUGGCUCUAAAAGGACAAGAAGAUUACAUUUAUCUUUUCAAGGAUUCGUCGCAUCCAGUGGAUUUUCUGGAUGCCUUCAGAACGUUUUACAUGGAUGGAUUAUUUACUGAUAUUACCCUUCAGUGCCCUUCAGGCAUAAUCUUCCAUUGUCACCGAGCUGUUUUAGCUGCCUGCAGCAAUUAUUUUAAGGCAAUGUUCACAGCUGACAUGAAAGAAAAAUUUAAAAGUAAAAUAAAACUGUCCGGCAUCCACCAUGAUAUUUUAGAAGGCCUUGUAAAUUAUGCAUAUACUUCUCAAAUUGAAAUAACUAAGAGAAAUGUACAAAGCCUUCUCGAAGCAGCAGAUCUGCUGCAGUUUCUUUCGGUAAAGAAAGCUUGUGAGCAGUUUCUGGUCAGGCACCUGGAUAUCGAUAACUGUAUCGGGAUGCACUCCUUUGCAGAAUUCCAUGUGUGCUCAGAACUAGAGAAGGAAUCUCGAAGAAUUCUGUGCUCCCGGUUUAAGGAAGUCUGGCAACAAGAAGAAUUUCUGGAGAUAAGCCUUGAGAAGUUUCUCUUUAUCUUGUCCAGAAAGAAUCUCAGUGUCUGGAAGGAAGAAGCUAUCCUAGAGCCGGUCAUUAAGUGGACUGCUCAUGAUGUAGAGAAUCGAAUCGAAUGCCUCUAUAACCUGCUAAGCUAUAUCAACAUAGAUAUAGACCCGGUGUACCUAAAGACAGCUUUAGGCCUUCAAAGAAACUGUCUGCUAACUGAAAAUAAGAUACGUUCCCUAAUAUACAAUGCCUUGAAUCCCAUGCAUAAAGAGAUUUCCCAGAGGUCCACAGCCACCAUGUAUAUCAUUGGAGGCUACUACUGGCACCCUUUAUCAGAGGUCCACAUAUGGGAUCCUUUGACAAAUGUUUGGAUUCAGGGAGCAGAAAUACCAGAUUAUACCAGGGAGAGUUACGGUGUUACAUGCUUAGGACCCAACAUUUAUGUAACCGGAGGGUACAGGACAGACAACAUAGAUGCUCUUGACACAGUGUGGAUCUAUAACAGUGAGGGGGAUGAGUGGGCAGAAGGCUUGCCUAUGCUCAAUGCCAGGUAUUACCACUGUGCGGUCACCUUGGGGGGCUGUGUCUAUGCACUAGGUGGCUACAGAAAAGGCGCGCCUGCAGAGGAGGCCGAGUUCUACGAUCCUCUGAAAGAGAAGUGGCUUCCUAUUGCAAACAUGAUUAAAGGUGUGGGAAAUGCUACUGCCUGUGUCCUACAUGAAGUCAUCUAUGUCAUCGGCGGCCACUGUGGCUACAGAGGAAGCUGCACGUAUGACAAGGUGCAGAGCUACAAUUCAGACAUCAACGAAUGGAGCCUGAUUACGGCCAGCCCGCACCCAGAAUAUGGACUGUGCUCAGUUCCGUUCGAAAACAAGCUCUACUUAGUCGGCGGACAGACGACGAUCACAGAGUGCUAUGACCCGGAACAGAACGAGUGGAGAGAGACGGCGCCCAUGAUGGAGAGAAGGAUGGAAUGUGGGGCUGUCAUCAUGAACGGAUGCAUCUAUGUAACCGGGGGCUACUCCUACUCAAAGGGGACGUAUCUGCAGAGUAUUGAGAAAUACGAUCCAGAUCUUAAUAAGUGGGAAAUAGUGGGCAAUCUCCCAAGUGCCAUGCGGUCUCAUGGAUGUGUUUGUGUGUAUAAUGUCUGAGUCCUCAGGACCGACCAGGACAUCACUAGGGACAUAAUCAAAAGAGUGCAGAGUUUGGGGUGCCUUGAUAUUGGCACAUGCUAGGGCAUUGGAAAAUUUCAAUUCUAACCCUGCACCAUUCCCAGGCCCAGUGAUUACUGGGGAAUAGCAUAAGAAAAAAUGUGAUGUAUGUAUAACAGUUCAAUUAGGAGAGUUAACCCCUCCUAGAAUCUCUGCUUUUCAAAGGUAGAAUGGAGCAUUUGACACGCGGCGAAGGUGAAAGCCUUCAUAGUGAAUCUUUUCUUCCUGGUAGCAUCAACACUGGGCAUAGGUCAAAAUCAUUCAUUCUGAGUUAUAAAAUGUCUGUUUAAAAAAAAAGUCUAUGAUGAAGCCAGACAUGGUGGUGCACACGCCUUUAAUGCCAGAACUUGGGAGGCAGAGGCAGGCAGAUCUCUAAGUUGAAGGACAUCAGGGCCAGCCUGGUGUACAUAGCAUCUUCCAGGCCAGCCAAAGCUACACUGAGAACCUGUCUUUAAAAGCCUAUGGUGUACCUGGGUAUAGUACAGGUCUCUAGCUGGCAGGAAUCUGAAAUAUAAAGAGGGAACCGUCUCUACCUCUACAAAAACAACACUUUAAAAUGUGUCCCUUUAGAAUUAGUUAGAAUGUGGAUUUGCUUACAGUCUCUUUCCUUUGUGGUGUAUAUAAUUUAUUGCUAGUAUUCAUUAUUCACUAUCAGAGCUACGCUAAACACUGUACAAAUGAUUGUUACUGUUCAAAGAGUUUACAACUCAACUUAAAAGAAUAGCAACUUAAAAAUGAUCGAGAAAAUAAUCAAAUAUUUGCUGAUGCUAAGGGCUGUGUUUAAUUUCUAGCUUGGGUAUAAAUUGCUAGUUUGGGUUCUGGCUUAAGCAUGCUGGCAAAUCCUCUUUUUAGUUAGAUGUCUGCAUAUAAAAUUGAAUUCCAGGGCCAGAAAGCAUGCAGAACAGCUGUGAAGCAGUAGAAAAUGUAUCAAAGAGAAGAAUUUACAUUUAUUUGCCAGCUCUGCCACUAACCAGAUUUUGUGACUUCAGUCUCUGAACACAUCUGUGACUCGAGUUCUUCACCCAUUACACCGACACUUUGAGUCAUGGAGUUUUCUGUAUCGAGAGCCCCUGGACCUUUGAAGCCAGAUGAGGCCUGGGUGGCCUGUGUGCCGUGACCUGAGAAAAAGGGGAAGAGCUGUUUAAGUAACUUAUCUGAACCUGAGACUAUUAUCUGUUCCACGCCAGGUUGGUUUUAUUGUUUUGUUUUUAAAGAGAGAAUACUUAAUUUUUACUUUAAAUAAAAACUACUUCUUAUUGCAAAAAAAAAAAAAAAAAACUUUUAAGAAGACUAUUUAAUAUUCCCUUCAGAUGGCUUUUUAAAUAGAUACAACCCUUUGGAGUUACUCUACGGUACUUUUUUAUAAAGAGUCAGAAAGGUGACUGUCCUGGGCUAGUGAGAUGACCUAGCAGGUGAGAUUACUUACCUCGCAGGCUGGAGAGCUGCAUUUGACUCCGAGAACUCACUGUGAAAGGAGAGCACAGACUCCUGGAAACUGUCCUCUGCCUUCCAUAUGUGUGUUGUGCUGCAUGUACACACACACACACACACACACAAUGGAAGGAAAUUAAAAUUUUAAAGAUGACUAUAUCCUUUGCCCUGUGAGCUCUUGUUAUCUUUAAAGAUGAAAAAUUUAAAUGCAUGAGAAUGUUUAUGUCUGCAUUGUGAACAGUAGCCACAGUACAGAGAAAAUCUCUAUGUUAAAGAAAGUGUGCUAAUGAAAUAGUGAGGUAUAUCGCCAUGACAAUGACCAUUGGGAAGACUGUAGACAUGUGAUGCAUCUAUGCUAAGUAAACACGGUCAGUCGGGGCAAGCUGGUACUCACACUGUAACGCCUUUACGCAUGCGAGAGGUAAUGUGCUAAGUAAUGCAAGCUGUUAGUGUAAGGGGAUGUGGAACGGCUUUAAGUUUAUUGAAUCCUUUUCUUUGUAUUUUCAAUAAAAAUAAGCAAGUCACCAU